UGCCGCGACAAGAAGGACAAGAGGGCGAAGGCCGAUGACGCCCUGGCGAGGAACGCCGAGCAUUGGGAUCAGCGCCCGGAGAAGAGGGGCAUUCAGACCGUCGUUGGUACGAUCCAAGCCGCUGCGCAAAAAUACGGUGCCAUAACGAUUGCGCAUAUAUUACAGGACUCGUCGUGCCAGGUGCCCGUCCAAGCGGAGAGAGUGGAGUUUCGCCACAAUGUGCUGGAGGCGAUCCGCAACGAGUUCGUCGACCUUGUCCUCGGGGAGGCCACCGACAUCACGGAGCCCCAGGUGGGGCGGGCGCUGGCCGAGGCGAGGCCGGAGCUUCUCCAGCCCAUCUUUACGGUUGCGGUCCAGGAGAUGGCCGACGCGUCCGUCGGCGCCAAGGGUGCGUGCACCAUCACCGCCAUUGGCAAAGUCAUCUUGGAUGUCGCUCCGGAGUUCGGCCGCUGCGACCUAUCGGAGAUGAAUCUCGACCCUAGCAUGACUGAGUACUUCGAGGGGUUAUGGUCUCACCAGGUCGCCGCUGACUUGAGCGUGAUAGUCCAGGGGGCUCGCGUGCUCGAGAACCCCGCGAACUCGUUCGCGCUGAGCAGGGAGCUGCGCCCCCGUUGCGUCACGAUUGGCGCGCACAAGGACAUGUUGAGCUCUCGCCACAGGGCCUUCUUCAAGACCGCGCACGGCGCGCGCGCCAAUCGCGGCAAGACGGCUUGGGAUGUCAUGGAGUUAGUACACAAAGCCGCGGUGAAGCAGCGAGAUCUUGCAACGAGCGGCCCCGAUGCCGCGGCGGCUUUCGCCAUUGAGGUGAGCGAGAUGCUGAAGACAGAGCUCGCGCGAGAGUGGCGAGCUGCAGCCAACGCCCUCAUGGACAAGCUUCUGGUCGACGAGGGGGACGAGGGCGCGGACAGGCUGAAAGUGAUCGGGGGGUACUCUGGCCAGUGUGGCCGCGUGCCCUCGGACCAGGUAAAUAAAGACGACGCAGAUGAGCGAGUUGCUAAUUUCAAGAACUUUGCGUGGACCCUCAUAUUGGCCAGCUUCGACACGUGCGUGGAUAGCAGUUACAAGCAGUGCACGGAGCUCUCCGACGUAUACUGGUCCAUCUACGAGGCAGCCCCCAGGUGCGUGCGUAACGUGGAGGAAAACAAGGGCACGUUCGCUGCGUGGUCGAAGCACAGGCAGAGGGAGCGCAACAUCCAGGACGCCGGCAAUAUUCCAGACAGAGAUGACGGCAAGCAGAUGAACGCGCUCGUGCAGAAGAUCGGGUAA